UCGUCAUCACCACCACCACCACCACCAUCAUCAUCAGCUCCAGCAACCCCAUCGACGGUCUGGCAUGCGGUAAACAGCGGUUAUAUGUGAAGUGUACAGCCUCUGAUUUACACGAGUCAGGCCGCCACGCCUUGCCCUUCUUCAUUACACGAUGACAUUUAAGGCUGGCUGAGUAAGUUUGGUGGUGUACGAUAGUGUGGGUCGAGUUGACAUAAACAAGAUGGUGGAUACGAGAGCGUGUCAGAAGCCUUCCAGCAGGCAGAACACAUUCCGAGGCAUCCGGUCCUCAAAGUUCCGGCAUGUGUAUGGCAAAGGCGCCCGCAAGGAGAACUGCUACGAGAAUGUGCUCAUCACGCAGAAGGCGCACGACACAGCUGCCUGCGCCGUCAACCCCAAGUUUGUGGCCAUCGCUGUGGAAGUGGCUGGAGGAGGAGCCUUCAUAGUGUUGCCUCUUGAUAAGACAGGGCGCAUCGACAUCAACACUCCCAAGGUGACGGGACAUGCCGGGCCAGUGCUGGACCUCAAGUGGUGUCCCUUCAAUGACAACCUCAUCGCAUCGGGGGCGGAUGACUGCACCAUAAAAUUAUGGCACAUACCAGAUGGAGGACUCAAGGCCAACCUGACGGAGCCCCUGGCUGACCUGCAGGGCCACCAGCGCCGCGUCUCCAUGGUGGAGUGGCACCCCACGGCUGAAAAUGUGUUGUUCUCUGCAGGUUAUGACUACCAGAUCCUGGUGUGGGAUGCACGGCGUGGAGUUCUCAUGCAGACCCUUGAUCUCCACGCUGACGUGAUAUACAGCCUCUCUCUGAACCGCGACGGCUCCCGCCUGGCCACCACCAGCAGGGACAAGCGCCUCAGAAUCAUUGACCCUCUCUCUGGGAAGGUCCUGCAGGAGGGACUGUGUCAUGAGGGGUCUAAGGCAUGCAAGGCAGUGUACUGUGGGGACACGGGCCUGGUCUUCACCACGGGCUUCAGUAGGUUUAGUGACCGGCAGUAUGGAGUGUGGGAUGAGAAGAAUCUCAACACACCCCUUCGUCUUGACACCAUUGACUCCUCCUCAGGGGUGCUGACGCCUUUCUAUGACCAUGACACAAGGGUGGUCUUUGUGGCUGGCAAGGGAGAUGGUAACAUCCGAUACUAUGAGAUCACAGACAGCCCACCCUACUGCCAUUUCCUCAGCCAGUAUAUAUCUGGAGAACCACAGAGAGGAUUUGGUGUGAUGCCUAAGAGAGGUUGUAAAGUGUCUCAGUGUGAGAUCUUCCGUUUCUACAAGUUGUAUGCCACCAAGGCCAUCUGUGAACCCAUUUCCAUGAUUGUACCCAGAAAGAGUGACCAGUUCCAGCCUGACCUAUACCCCGACACAGCUUCCCCCACCCCUGCCAUGUCAGCUGAGGAGUGGUUUGCAGGUACCACCAGAGGGCCAGUUCUGAUGUCAAUGAAGACAGGAAUGACCAUCAAGACCCACCGGCCUCUCCCACUAAGACCAACUGAGUCCUCCUCCGACAAGAAUGCUGACAAGAAGUACGCCUUUCUGUCUCGGGAGACGCGAGCCGACUACCGGCCGCUGGAGGCGAGUGUCAAGACCUCCAGUAGCACAGACAAAGAUCUCAAGACUUCCACUAACUUGGACACCAAAUUCCAAGCUCUACAAAAACUCUGGGGAUGCAAUGUUAAGAAUAUGGGAGACAACAAAGAGCAGUGUUCCACUAACAGCAGUGGCAUUGAAAGUGAAAAGACUUACACAUCCACCAAAAACACCAUCAAUAAAAUGAACAUCAAGUCCGGAGAUUCUCCAAACAAGUUGACUAACUAUGCAAUGCAAGAAAAGGAGAUUGAGAUCCUGGAGAAACCUUCCCCAAAGACUGAGUCUGAGUCCAACCCCAAUGAAUCACAGGAGGCGGCUGCAGCAGAAGCUCCGUAGAGCAUACACAGCCCAGUGUGAGGAGCUCAAGCUGCUGCGCCGCCAACUAAUCAUCAAGGACCGGAGGAUUCACGAGCUGGAAGACCAACUCAACCAAUUCAAGACUCACCAUAAAUAGGAGCAUCUGUUUGGCUCACUGGCCAGGUGUCUGAGCCCAGCACCAGCACUUUUCACACCCACUGACUCCAGGCACAGAAGAUGGUGCUGCACACUUUGCAUGAAAUGCAAAUGAAAGUUCACUGCCCAUCAGCACGAAGGGGUUACUUUGCUGCUGUCAUUAGCUGAGGUGAGCAGCUGUCACAUAGAUAAGUAAGUACUGUAAUCACAUAGCAUACCCACCACAGGUCACAGGGCAUGAAGGUCAUGUAACCUGCUAGGGUUAGCAGAGAUAUAAUAUGCAUCAGGUGAUAAGUGUCCUCACCUCACAAUGGCUCACAGAUAUCCCAAACCUUUUGUAGAAAUGAUUUAACUGUAAGUGUUUUGCGUGAGUCAAUUUCAACACGACUGGUUGUUCCUGCCUAUCACAUACACUAGAUAAAGAUAUAUUGCAAAGAUUCUUCAUCAUAACUUGAGUCAAGAGUCUAGAACAUGGUUAAAGACAUGCAUAACAUGUACUAAGAGUUUUCAACAAAAUACUUCAGAACAUAUUGAUAUUAUUUCUGUAUUGGUGGGACAGCUCGUGGAACCUUUGGUUCAUAGACCUGGUGUUUGCAGCUGUGCGAUACGCCAAGUUGUGAUAGGUAGUUUGAUGAAUACUUUGCUGCCUUUUCUGGUUCUCAGUGCAGCUCUUAAAGGCCUGAAAUUGCAUCCCAUGCUUGACUGUUGCAUCAGCAAAACUUUUUCUUAAAAUCCUAUGCUAUUAUGCAAGAGUUCUGCCAUACAGAAUUUUUAUGUGUAGUUUGCUAGAGGUGCAGAAUGAAACUGGUGGUGUUGGCUUGCUUCAGCAGUCUUUGGGGGAUUGAAACUCUCUCUGUCCUUCACUGCCUUCCUGUAACACUUGUUCAUAGAUAUCAAGCACUUAUGCACAAAGAAUGAAAUCAUUGGAGUUGGACAAUAAGUGUGCCUUCUUACUGCAGUACAGGGAAAUCUUAGUACAGUCUGUGUUUUUAUUUGUGUAUAGCUUGGGUACAGUAACUAGAGGGUGUGGAAAUAAUCUGAGUUUGCUGCCUUGAUGGUUGUACCAAGAGGAUGGAAACAGUAGCUGUACCAGGGCCAAGGCUUAGGAGGGAGUGAGUGGCCUGUUUUAUGAUUUUUGGUUAUUGAUAUUAAGGAACUUUUACGGCAUUGCAGCAUUUCUCAGCCUAAGAAAUAUAAAAGUAUUCAAAUUUGUUUGAAUGGAAUAAAACGUCAAUUGUUUGAAUGUAAAAAAGUAAAUAUCUCAAAAAGAUUAUGAAAUUUCUACAUAGUAUUUUUGGCAUUGGUGCAUAAGUGCUGUGCUUUCAUCACUGCUGCUGUAAGCUAGGGUCAGUGACUGUGCAGGGGAACAUGUAAUGAACAAGUAGUGUAACAGUAGGUUGCCCAAAGCCUUGAGCUGCUUGGGAUCUUAUUGAUAAAAAGAACAUUUAUAUACAAGUAGUAUUACUUCUUGAAAGCUUCAUUGAAUCUCUCACAGAAAAAAUGCUCAUAAUCUGGUAGUCACUCUUUUAGGAUGCAGUGCAUUUAAUUUUCAUAUAAUCUUGCUACUUGCAGACUUUACCCACCAGUAAUUCCUUUUUUCAUUCCAUGUUCAUGGGUUGUCACAAGGUGAGGUUGCUUUGUGUGGUUAUUUCAAUAUUUAUUGAGCCAAAUUGUAUCAAUGUGAUAACAGUAAUCACCAAAGAGAAAAUGCCAACUCAUACCGUUGUAUUUCCAUUUUCUACCAUAUAAUGAAAUGGAUGAGGGCUGAGGCAGCUGAGUAAAUAAUUCUUGUGGCAGUAUAUCCACUGACAGCGAGGGUGAGGGUGUGUCGGCCGACUGUCUGACACACAGCCACACUUGCUGCACAAAUUCCAUUGAUUGUCUUGUGCACUCAUCCAUUGCACACUAGAGUUAAUUUGUGUGCCCUCAGUAUAACUGGCAGUUCAUUUAGUGUAUGUACCCAGAUACAUAUACUUCCAUACAUAUGAAUCAAGACUGUCCCUAAGUAUGUAAUGUGAAAUGUUAGACUUAGCCAGUCUAGUAUUGAUGAUUUUAUUAUAUACUUAUGGCAUUAUGUAAUCUAAUGAGUAUUAUUUUUAUAAAUAUUUAUGCAUACUUUUUUAAUGUUCUGUUUUUUUUUUUGGUCUGGAAACAAUGUUCCUUUCUGUAUGGUGUUGCUUUGGGUCAGUAGUUCAAUAUUUACCAGAGAUAUAGUAAUGGUUUACAAUCUUAGGUUUUUGUGAAACCUUUGCAAGUUUUGUUUGUUAGUAUGAAUUCUUUAUGUUCCUCUUGGGAAUGUUGAAGAUUGGCAAGGGUUACUGUUGGUUCCUCAAGUCUUGGUUCAUUCCCUCACUGUAGUUCACUAAGUACUUAUUUUAAAGGGACAUUUGUAAUUAUUAAUUUAAAGUUAUCAUUCCUAAAAGAUCUCAAAAUGUUUGUUAAUUUUUUUUUAUUUUAUUAUAUUUUUCAAGACCUCUAUGUAGAUGCCUAAGCCUUACUAUAAAUUCAGAUUACCUUUCUUCUCCAGUUUUGUAAAGUUGGUAUUGAUUUCUUGAUAAUAUUACAUUUUAUUGAGUUUUUACUGAAGUUUAUGGUAAAUUUUAAAGAGUACUUAGUCUUGAUCAUGUGUAUUAGCGGUAGAUUUGUUUCCCUUCAUUUCCUUAAACAUAAGACCUUAAUGAUUUUGAGAAGGAUAGUCAUGGGCAGACAUUCUGGGCUGUACAUGGACCCAGAGAAGCAUGAACCAGUGAACCUAUCCAGGGGAAGACACUGUUGCAGGUUAGUCAGUUUUUGGGGUAUGAAAAAAAAUAUUUAUACAUCAGGGAUAGUGGAAAGGAAAGACUUUUCCCUGAGGCUAUAAUUUUGUAAUGUUGUGUUAGAAAGAUUUUGGCAGCAAUUUUCCCAUAUUUGUACAUCUCCAGUACCAGCUGGAAUAAAGGUGUGAUUGUCGGUUGUAGACAUGGGAAUGUUGGAGUUUUAUUUUAUUUUUUUACUGAAGUAAUUUUAUUUCUUAGGUUUUUAGUAAAAGAAGAAUUAAGGACAGUGAUAUUUUCUCUUAAUCGUAAGUUAGGAUAGCUAUGUUGAAGCCAUCUGCAGUUUUAGUUGUGAUGGUCAGUAUUAAUUUUCAUUACUAUUGAAGAAUUGUGUUGGUAAAAGUGUGCACCACAACAACAACAACAGCAACAACAAGUCAGUAUUGCUACUGACUUGUUCUUUGAGCAGAAGAAAUGUCAAAAUAGAUUUAUGAUUUUUUAUUGUGAUUUUUUUAUUGUAACUUAUUCGCAUGACAAAAGAUGUGACAUAGUUGUUCUGAAAAACAAUGAUGGCACAGUGGAUGAUGGUUACCAGCCUGAUGGACAAACCAAGGUUACUAAAAGACGAUAUUCACCAUAGCAUAAGGCACUCCAUUAUUUUGUCAUUAUGUGCAACACAAAUAAAUGGUUGUAAUGGAA